AGGCAUGUAACUAGCCGCUUGGUAGCAGCCACUUUCUAUAUAGCUAAUAAACCAUUAUCUGGAUAGCUGUCUUCAGCUUGCUUCCGCCUGUAGAGGCGGGUAAUGAAACAUCCAUAGGCAACGGAAAACACAACUUGCCAAAAUUUGCUUUGUUUCAAGCUUUAUUUAAAUAUGCUUCCGGGAAAGGAGCUAACGUUACUGCUCUGGAUCUUCAGUCGCUUCAGCAGCCUCAGCGCGGCAUCUUCAGCAUCCCGGAAAUGUGAUGAAGCGUUGGCCACGCCACUCUCUCACACAGCUUUUACCAGCUCUUCUGUGUAUUCCAGUGGAUAUGGGGCUGGAUACGCAAAGCUCAACAGGAGAGGAGGUGCUGGAGGCUGGUCUCCUGUGGACACUGAUCAUUACCAGUGGCUGCAGGUGGACCUGGGAACCAGGAAGCAGGUCACCUCCAUCGCCACACAGGGCAGGUACAGCAGCUCUGAUUGGACAAUGCAAUACAGACUCCUGUACAGUGACACAGGAAGGAACUGGAGACCAUAUCUGCAAGAUGGCAACAUAUGGGCAUUUUCUGGCAACUCCAACAGUGAGAGUGUGGUCCGCCAUGAUCUGCAGCAUGCAGUCAUAACACGCUACGUGCGCAUCAUCCCACUGGAGUGGAGCGAAGAGGGGAGGAUUGGCCUGCGAGUGGAGGUCUAUGGCUGUUCUUACUGGGCGGAUGUGAUCAACUUCGAAGGCCAGGGUGUGAUCUCCUACCGCUUCAAGAUGAAGAAGAUGAAGAUUUUGAAGGAUGUCAUCUCCCUGAAGUUUAAGACCACAGCCAGUAACGGUGUGCUCCUGCACGGGGAAGGACAGCAAGGAGACUAUAUUAGCCUGGAGCUGAAGAGAUCCAAGCUACUGCUCAUGAUCAACCUGGGCAGCAAUCAGUACGGCUCCAUCCUCGGACACACCUCUGUGACAAGUGGAAGUUUAUUGGAUGAUGACCACUGGCACUCCGUAAUUAUCGAGCGUUUCCGACGGAAUGUCAACUUUACCCUGGAUCGCCACACACAGCACUUCCGCACCAACGGGGAAUUUGAUCAUCUUGACCUGGACUACGAGAUCAGCUUUGGAGGCAUGCCUGUCUCUGCCAAGCCCAGCUCGGGAGGCAGGGAGAACUUUGUUGGUUGCAUGGAGGGCAUCACCUACAACGGAGAUAACAUUACCAACCUGGUCAAGAGAAAGAAAAUUGAUACUUCAAGUUUUAGGAACCUGACGUUCUCCUGCAGUGAGACGCACUCCUUCCCUGUGUUCUUCAACGCCACCAGCUUCCUGCGUCUCCCGGGGCUGCAGGACAGCGACACCCUGUCGGUCAGCCUGUCCUUCCGGACGUGGAACCCCAGCGGCCUGCUCUUCUACACGGCCCUGGCUGAUGGCGUGGUGGAGGUGGGCCUCACAGAGGGAAAAGUCACUGUCUACAUCAACGUCGCCCAGAAGAAAAACACACGUAUAGACAUCUCCUCAGGUUCGGGGCUCAACGACGGCCAGUGGCACAACGUCUACCUCCAUGCUCUGGAGAACUACGCCAUGCUGACCAUUGAUGGUGACGAGGCAUCCACUGUCAGAACGGUCAUUCCCAUUCAGAUCAGAACAGGGGGACAAUACUACUUUGGAGGCUACUUCCUGCGUACCAACACGCCCCCUGCCCAGCGCUCUUUCCAGGGCUGUAUGCAGCUGAUCCACGUGGACGACCAGCUCGCUGACCUGGUGGCUGUAGAGCAAGGCAACAUGGGAACCUUUGAGAAUGUCAGCCUGGAUAUGUGUGCCAUCAUAGACAGAUGUGUCCCUAACCACUGUGAACAUGGAGGCCGCUGCACUCAGACCUGGGACAGUUUCAGGUGCUCCUGCAAUGGGACAGGCUACACUGGGGCUACAUGCCAUACCUCCGUGUAUGAACAGUCCUGUGAGGAAUACAAACAUCUUGGUAAAACAUCUGGCACGUACUGGAUCGACCCUGAUGGGAGUGGUCCCGUAGGCCCCUUCAAAGUCAACUGCAACAUGACUGAGGACAAGGUGUGGACUACAGUGAGAAACAACCUGUCUCCCCAGACCUCAGUGAGUGGCUCAGACUUGGAGAGGAAGGCUUUGCUGCAGCUCAACUACAACAUGUCCACAGAGCAGGUGACAGCCAUCACGAGCAGUGCAGAGUACUGUGAACAGCAUGUAGCCUACGCCUGUCGAAUGUCUCGACUGCUCAAUAACCCAGCUGGGUCCCCAUUCACAUGGUGGGUUGGCAGGGCCAAUGAGAGGCAUUAUUACUGGGGUGGUUCAGGACCAGGGAUCCAGAAGUGUGCCUGUGGAAUCGAAAGGAACUGCACCGACCCCAAGUACUACUGCAACUGUGACGCUGACCAAACGCGGUGGAGAGAGGACGCUGGUCUCCUGGUGUAUAAAGACCAUCUGCCUGUGAGUCAGGUGGUAGUUGGUGACACUAACCGUGCUGGCUCUGAGGCUAAGCUGACUGUGGGUCCACUGCGUUGUCAAGGAGAUGGUAACUACUGGAACGCAGCAUCCUUCAACACGCCUGCAUCAUACCUGCACUUCCCUACCUUCCAAGGGGAGACCAGUGCUGACAUCUCUUUCUAUUUCAAGACUUCCUCCUCUUAUGGCGUCUUUCUGGAGAACCUUGGCAAUGCUGACUUCAUCCGCCUGGAGCUAAAAGCUGCCACGGUGGUGUCCUUUUCCUUUGAUGUGGGCAACGGUCUGGUGGAGCUGAGUGUGAGGUCAUCCACUCCUCUUAAUGAUGACCAGUGGCACAGGGUGGUGGCUGAGCGCAACGUGAAGGAGGCUGUGCUGCAGCUGGAUGGGCAGUUCAAGGAGGUUCGCCCUGCACCCCCACAGGGUCACACUCGCCUGGAGCUUUACAGCCAACUCUAUGUCGGUGCAUCGGGUGGCCAGAGGGGCUUUCUAGGAUGUAUCCGUGCCCUGAAGAUGAACGGUGUGACCCUUGACCUAGAGGAGAGGGCGAAGGUCACCCCGGGGGUGAAGCCUGGCUGCUCUGGCCACUGCACCAGCUAUGGGCAGCACUGCAGAAACGGUGGCCAGUGCAUGGAGAAAUACAACGGUUACUCAUGCGACUGCACCUUGACGGCGUAUGACGGGCCAUUCUGCACUGAAGACGUGGGUGGCUACUUCGAGAGUGGAACACUCGUUCGUUACGACUUCCUUCCCGAGGGGGGCCUUCCAGCCAUCAGGGAUGUGAAGAGCCUGUCUCCCCUGCUGCCCACGGAGGGCAACCUUACACAGGAGGAGCUGGUGUUCAGCUUCAGCACCUCCAACACCCCCAGCAUCCUGGUCUACAUCAGCUCCAGGACCCAGGACUACCUGGCUGUGGUGCUCAGACACAAUGGAACACUUCAGAUCCGCUACAGCCUGGGAGGCCUGAGGGAGCCGUUCACCAUCGACCUGGACCAGCGCAACAUGGCCAACGGGCAGCCCCACCACAUCAACAUCUCCAGGCAGGAGAGGAACAUACGGCUGCAGUUGGACCAUUACCCCCCAGUCAGCUACACUCUGCCUGCUGGCUCUGACACCAAGUUCAACCUGGUUAAAACUAUAUUCCUGGGCAAAGUCUUUGAAACUGGCCAGAUUGACCCAGUCCUCAUAGAGAAGUACAACACCCCAGGGUUCGUUGGCUGUCUGUCCAGAGUUCAGUUCAACAACAUCGCCCCUCUGAAGGCAGCACUGAGGUCUGGCAUCGUCGCCCCAGUGACCACCCAGGGCAUUCUAGUGGAGUCCAACUGCGGGGCGUCUCCUCUCACCAUCUCACCCAUGGCUGCUGCCAAUGACCCCUGGCACCUGGACUCAGCUGGUGCUGUAUUCCCAUUCAACGAGGAAAGAGUUAGCCGGGAUGGAGUUGAUCGGAACGCUGCAAUUAUCGGAGGUAUCAUUGCUGUGGUCAUCUUUACCAUCCUCUGCACCCUGGUGUUCCUGAUUCGCCAUAUGUUCCGUCACAAGGGCUCCUACCACACCAAUGAGGCCAAAGGGGCGGAGUCUGCGGAUUGUGCCGAUGCAGCCAUCAUUGUCAAUGACCCAGCCUUUACAGAAACCAUUGAUGAGAGCAAGAAGGAAUGGUUCAUUUAAUCAGACAUUCACAUUUUGGUACUGGUCAGUGGUGUGCCCAUUGCUCUUCACACUUCGCUGUGUGAGGACAAGGCUUUCUUUGAUGAGGAUGAUGAUGAGGAUGAUGAAUGAAUAAUGUGUAAAUGGGGCAUAGGAAGAUUUCCCCAUGGACUAGAUGUGUGCAUUGGCUGGCUUGUCUAUAAUGUAUUUACAUUGAGUGAGGAGUUGGAGGAGUUUUGGCAACAUGAUAUCAGUCAUUCACAUAGAGCCAUUAUUACAACUACAGCAUCACCUGGACUGAGAAUUAAAAAUUUAAAAAACAAUAUCACUUUUUAUAUUUAUUUUUUUCAUUACUGUUGAUGUCUUAAUGUUUUUAGCUUUGAUUGUAGAGAUGUUUAUGCCUGCAUUUAAUGGGUCAAGCACAUAAUGUACACUUCUAGUUCCUUUGCUGCCAAAUGAGUACCAAGUGAGUUGCUUAGAGACAAAAUGCUCUCCCUGCACAGAUUGAAAAACACAUUAAGGUUUAUGUCACUGACAUUUGAUUGUAUUGCAUUGUAAUGUAUUGGUUUGAUUGCACUGCAGUCCUUAUUAUGUGUAGAAUACAAUGGCAUGCUACACAACUAUGGCAUCCCUUCAUUGCACCAUUCCACACAGUAGCACUGGUAUUUCCUCACAAAUGUGUCUUUUAUCUUGCAGAUAAUUUUUUUGGGGGGCCAAAUUAUUCAGCAUGCUUAAUCUGUUUCCCCGGUCUUGAUACAUAUGAUGAUGGCUCUUCUUGUAAAAAAAAAAAUUGGCAUGAUAUGACAGGUUCACAUUUGGCAACAUUGUGACUUUUGAGAGGGAAGUGCUAUGAUAUUGUCAUGAAAAGGUUUAUUGUACAAACAAGCAGCAUAUUACUUAUAGUAAUGACAAUAUCCAAUGUGCCUUCAAGAUUCAGCCACUCUGCUUUCAUUUUUGGACUAUUUCCUUCUGGGUACACUGACUGUACCCUGAAUAUUGAACAAAAUAAAUACUGUAUGGCCAAUAGGGAUGUAUUUAUGAUGGUGGCUAUAUGCUAAAAGGAAAAGGACAGAACGUGGCUUAACUUCAGCUCCAUGGGCAGUGAUACACUAUACACACGCUUAACUAAUGCCUGAACUUCUAUGCCUUUGUUGGUAUCAAUGUGUAUAGUUCUGUAGCACAGGAGGCUGCAUGAGGCAACACAUGUAUUUGAUACAAUUCCAAUUAUUCCGCUCGAGCCAUUACCAGGAGCCUGUCCUCCCCAAUUAUUAAGGUGCCACCAACCUCCUGUGUUCUAUGGGUGUUAUUUGAUUUGUUUAUUUGAGUACAGUGGGGCUGUAUGUUUUAUGUCUAACCAUUUUAUUUCCUUAUUCAUAAGAUAACCAUUUUCACCCAGUAAGUCACCCAGUAAGUCAGAAUAACCCACAAUAUGAAAUGUUUUUAUGUUACAAGUGCCAACAAGAUUAUGUCAGCCUUUCCCCAUGUUAAGAUUCUCAUAUUCACAUCAUGUGGUUUGGGAAUUGCUGUGAUUAAUUCAGAGUAGCAUUACACAGACAACACAGUGUGUGCUGAAGAGAAGAACUGGAGGAUUAGGAGAGCUAAGGGGAAUGUAGACAGCAUGAGAGACUGUCGUGAAAACCUCUGAAAUGAACAUAAAAUGAUUAGCUGUUACUGUUGAAGGCUGUAACAGCAUCUGCAAACAGAAUGUAUCCCACAUGCCCACAGCAAUCUGAAUUGGAUGAUGAAAUCCCUUAAAUUGCACCACUGAACACAUAAGCAAAGCUGUUAUUAUUAGGUAAUUUCUUCACAUUUUUUGUGUUGCUAUUUUGUCAUGUAGGCUAUUGUUUUGAAUCAAUCAACAUGUAAAUCCCUGUCUACAUCUCACAAUGGUACAUUUUGGUUUAUUGUUAUUAAGAGGAGCAAAACAUUGGUUGUUCAUCACUGUGUGUGCUAAUAGUCAAGUUGCAACUGAAACACAAUAUACUUUAAUAUUCUAUAAACCAAAAUGAUCAGAGGACAUCCAUUUACUGUAGAGCAACACUUUAUGAGAAAGCAUGAUCUUACAUUUCAUUAGAAUAUCUAACACGUCACAGUUCACAAUGUAAUAUAUAAUAUUAUAGCAUAGGAUAUAAUAAAGCAUAAUAUAGCAUAUUGAUAUUAUGGAGAUUUUUUUUGUUAUGUUGGUUUACCACUUUUGUCAAAUGAAUGAUUGGCAUCGGAUUUCAAAUUCCAUUAUUGUUUUUCUUUUCAUUAGCAGCAUGACAAUUAAAACUAAAAACAGUACCACAUUGCAGUGCAAUUUAUUUUACAUUAAUUCUUUGGAAAUAUUUUGUACAUUUCUUAUCUGAGGGAUGACGUGCAAAAGUAUUUUUUAUAAUAUAUUUACAUUUAUUUCAUUGCAAUUAUAAUUAUAUGGCAGUUUUCUUUUUGAUAUUCUGUGUGAAAAACAUACAUUGUUGAAAGUCUUUUACAGUGGCUUGAGAUCAUGUUCCCCAAAAUGAAAGAUUUUACAACUUAAUUUUGUGUUAUUUUAGUUCAGUAUUGUAUGUCAGGCCUGAGAUUGCAUAUGUAAUGUGAUUUUGUCUUAAUAUAAAACAUUAAACAAGCCUUGCCAUA